CAAUUUCGAAUCGCACACUCGCAGCGCACGACUUUGCACUUCCUCUCUCGAACAACCAGGCGAAAAUACCAGUAUAUCGUUCACCAAACCCAACAAAUCUCGCCCAUCAUGAAGCUUCACUACAUCGGCAUCAUCCGCAACGACUCUCAGCCUGCACACGAGAUCGUUGCUGAGAAGGAGCUGAGCGCAUACUCGCGCUUCACACGCAACAACUAUGGCGAGUUCAUGACCCUUUUCGCAAAGACCGUUGCCGAGCGCACUCGACCUGCCCAACGACAAGACGUUGAAGAACAAGACUACACUUUCCACGCCUACGGCCGCACCGAGGGCGUCUGCGGCAUCAUCAUCUCCGACCACCAAUACCCCGCCCUAGUUGCCCACCAGCUCCUCAGCAAAGUCGUCGACGAGUUCCUCACCAAGCACCCGCGCUCCUCGUGGGCAAACGGCGAUGUCGUCCUGCCCUUCCCCGAGCUGAGGGACUACCUCGCCAAGUACCAGGACCCCCAGCAGGCCGACAGCAUCAUGAAGAUCCAGAAGGAGCUCGACGAGACCAAGAUUGUCCUGCACAAGACCAUCGAGAGCGUAUUGCAGCGAGGAGAGAAGAUUGACGAUUUGGUGGCAAAGAGCGAUGGCCUGAGCGCUCAGAGCAAAAUGUUUUAUCAGCAAGCAAAGAAGCAGAAUUCCUGCUGCGUGUUGAUGUAAUUAGGUUGUUUCAUUUGGCGUUGCAUGCGGUCAUGUUUCAGCAACAAAUGGGGUGUUUGCUUUUGAAAGAUUGGUUAUUAUGAAGACACAACUCGCACACAUACCUAUAUCUAAUACGUAUCAAACACACACACUAUGGGAAAGACGAGGGUGUUCACUGCGAUUUUGCACACAAAUUUAUAAAAAUACCAAAUGAUAUUCUGUUAAAGUUUUC